AUGGCAGCAGGGUUAGCCAUAGCAAGUGCAGGAGAGCAGUACAAUGGAAAGAUGACUUGGUUCGCUGUUUUAUCUUGUAUGAUGGCUGCCAUGGGAGGAGUCAUUUUCGGCUAUGACAUUGGAAUUUCAGGCGGAGUGACCUCAAUGAAACCAUUUCUGGAGAAAUUCUUCCCUGAAGUGUACAGAAAGAUGACAGAAGACACGAAGAUUAGCAAUUACUGCAAAUUUGAUAGUCAAUUGUUGACCUCCUUCACAUCCUCACUGUAUGUUGCUGGCCUCGUUGCUUCCUUCUUUGCCUCAUCGGUCACCAAAUCGUUUGGGCGAAAGCCAUCGAUUCUUUUAGGUGGAGCAGCCUUCCUUGCUGGUGCUGCCCUCGGUGGUGCAGCGUUUAAUGUGUACAUGCUAAUAUUAGGCCGUGUCUUGCUUGGAGUUGGUGUUGGUUUUGCAAACCAGUCAGUCCCACUCUAUGUCUCAGAAAUGGCACCUCCAAGAUACAGAGGAGCAAUCAAUAGUGGUAUCCAAUUCAAUGUUGGCAUCGGCGUACUCUCUGCUAACCUUAUAAAUUAUGGCACUGAAAAGAUCAAAGAAGGUUGGGGCUGGCGAAUCUCCCUAGCCAUGGCUGCAGUCCCGGCUGCAAUCCUUACUUUAGGUGCAACUUUCCUCCCUGAAACACCCAACAGUCUCAUUCAGCGCACGGAUGACCGUGAAAGGGCUAAAGUAAUGCUACAAAGGGUACGAGGCACUGAAGAUGUCCAAGCGGAAUUUGGUGAUCUUAUCAGAGCUAGCUCAAUCUCAAAAACCAUUGAGCACCCGUUUAAGAAGAUCAUAAGAAGAAAGUAUAGGCCACAGCUAGUAAUGGCGAUAGCCAUACCGUUUUUUCAGCAAGUGACAGGAAUCAAUGUCAUUGCAUUUUAUGCUCCAAUACUUUUCAGGACAAUCGGACUAGGUGAAAGCGCAUCCCUCAUGUCUGCAGUUGUGACUGGGGUUGUGGGCACUGCUUCAACGUUCGUAUCCAUGUUCAUAGUAGACAAACUAGGGAGAAGAGCAUUGUUUCUGUUUGGUGGCGCACAGAUGUUUGUGUCACAAAUAGUGGUUGGAGGUAUUAUGGCUGCUCAGCUUGGCGACCAUGGCAGCAUAAGUAAAGCGUAUGCUUAUUUUGUUUUGACUGUGAUAUGCAUAUAUGUUUCUGGCUUUUCUUGGUCUUGGGGUCCAUUGGGAUGGUUAGUUCCGAGUGAGAUUUUUCCUUUGGAAAUUCGAUCGGCAGGGCAAAGUAUUGUUGUUGCAGUAAGCUUUCUCUUCACUUUCAUUGUUGCACAAACCUUUCUUGCCAUGCUUUGCCACUUCAAGUCUGGGAUUUUCUUCUUCUUCGGGGGAUGGGUUGUGGUGAUGACAGCCUUCGUGUACUACUUGUUGCCAGAAACCAAGAAUAUGCCUAUAGAGAAAAUGGAUAAAGUGUGGAGGGAGCACUGGUUUUGGAAGAGAUUUGUGGGGGAAAUGGAUGAGAAUAUUAAGAAUAUGGAACCUGCAUGGAACAUAAGGAAUUAA